CUGACAGCUUGGUAAUCCAGUCUGAUCGCUGAUCGUCUGGCAGGAACAGGACUUAAGAGAAGCAAGAUACCGACACACACUAACCCUCUCGCCUAACUCAAACACAGACAGAAAAAAAAAAAUGAAAGCAAUAAGCCCCGUGCGGUCCUUCCGGAAAAACAACGCGAAUUUAUCAGAGCACUCCUUGGGAAUCUCUCGGAGCAAGACCCCGGUGGAUGACCCGCUCAGCCUGCUGUACAACAUGAACGACUGCUACUCCAAGCUGAAGGAGCUGGUGCCCAGCAUCCCCCAGAACAAGAACGUCAGCAAGAUGGAAAUCCUGCAGCAUGUAAUCGACUACAUUUUGGACCUGCAGAUCGCGCUGGACUCCAGCGUCGCAAUAACCAGCCUGCAUCACCCUGCGCGGCCGGGGCAGGCUCCGUCCAGGACCCCUCUGACCACCCUCAACACAGAUAUCAGCAUCUUGUCAUUACAGUCCCCGGAGUUGCCAUCAGAGCUGAUGACAGAUGACAGCCGGACUCUGCAUCGUUAAAGCGGUGUUUGGUCAAGACGCAAAACACACACACACACACACACACACACACACACACACACACACACACACACACACACACAGAAAACACACACGCGCACUCACACACACUCGCAGGACCUGGGGAGCAGGACUUUCCCCCUCCUCUCCAACUCCAACCCUCUGUCCUCCAGGCCUGGAUUUUUUUUUUCUCUUUUUUUUUUUUUCUUUUUUUUUGUUUUUUUCUUCUGACGCUGAAAAUCAAGAGACUUUUGCUUAUUAUGGGACAAUCUUAUGUGAUGUGUUUUCUGUUUGGACACUUUCAUUAUUAUUUAACUUAAGACUAUUUUUUUUUUAAUUAUUUGUGGGUCCUUUCUGGAAAACGGAAGGCGCUUUUUAUAUUCCCGACAGUGGGAGGAAAAACGAGAUUAUUGUCACAAGGAUUAUUUCAACCUACCCCCCCCCCCCCCCCUCUCUCUCUCUCUAUCCCUCCUCCCCUCUUGUCCCCCCCUCUCCUCCUUGUUGAAGUCUUCGCUUUUUUUGCGGAGGUGGGAACGUGAAUAGAAAAAGACAACUUGGUUUAGUUACUGUAAAAAGUUUAGUCUUGUCUUGUCAGAAUUGUUGGCACAUGAAGGACUGGACGUUGUUUAAAGGAGAGAAAAAAAGAGAAGAAAAAAGAAGAAAAGAAGUUAAAAUGAAAGAAUGAACCGUGUGAACUCUUAUCGGGAGUUUAUCUUGUAUAGUUGCAGGAAUUUGAAACUUCUGCAAAAGUGUAAUGUUGUACUUAAUUAUGCUGAAACUUUUUAUAAAAGUAAUGUAAAUUGUACCUUUUUUAUACAAAAAUAAAUCAAAAACGCAA